GGCAGGGCGGUGUGCUGUGAGAGCACUGGGAAUGGCAAACUCCACAAUCGCCUUGGAUACGUCUGACUAAAGGACCAUGACCGGGGCUUUUUGGCAUCAUUACCUAUGGACAAUCUCAUGGACAAUCAGUCAUUUUCUCCGAGGUCUCCCAUGGAUAUGAAGGGCUCCAGAAGACAGAGGACGUCACUUCACUACACUAGAUGCUGCUGACCACUCCGCUCCUUGGUCACCUUCCUCCCCUCACGCGAUCUGUUGCACUUUGAAGAACUGCAGCUGUGAAAACUUUAGGCCCAGUAAGCUCAAGAAGAGGCAAUGCGACACCUGCAAGCAUGGCUGGGUGUCCCACGCUUUGAGCAAGUUAAAGACUCAUCAAAUGUACGACAGCAGCCAGGUUGAAAUUGUCCACUCCAACGUUGUAUUCGACAUCUGCAGUCUGAUGCUGUAUGGCACCCAGGCCAUUCCGAUUCGUCUCAAGAUCCUUCUAGACCGCCUGUUCUCUGUCCUGAAGCAGGAAGAGGUUAGCCAGAUCCUGAAUGCAUUGGACUGGACACUGCAAGACUACAUCCGUGGAUACAUUCUGCAGGAUGUUGCUGGGAAUGUGCUAGAUCGAUGGGCAGUAAUGACAUUCGAAGAAGAACUUGCCACCUUGCAACAGUUCCUCCGUUUUGGGGAGACUAAAUCCAUUGUGGAACUAAUGGCUUUACAAGACAAGGAAGGGGAGUCAGUUUUGGUUCCUAGCCUGAGCACAAACUCAGACAUUCGCACUUUCAUUGAGCGCAGCACUCACCACACAGCCACCAUGGUUAAAAUUGAAAAGGUAAACAGCAACAACAUGCACCACUUUGAAAACUUAAUGAACAGCAUGAACUUCAUGCUUCCGUUUCAGCUGCUCUGUCCUGUACCAGCUCCAACUCUGGGCUCAGCAACAGGGCCAAUCCAACAUCUACCACAGCAGAAUGAGCAGCUAGUGAUUCGUGAAAACCUGAUUUAUCAUUCACACUCUGCUGGAACCAGCUUGAAUUUAUUUGAAAAUGACGUCAACCGAUGUGACAGGCCAAUGGAAAGCUUCACCACCACCUCGCCAAAGAUAGAAAUCGAAAAUUUUUCCACAAGUGACAACUACUCAGAUGGACCCUCCAAACCAUGUACGCCAUCCAUUCGCUGUGACAUCACACACAUGUCACCUGAUGGAAAACUACGUCCUAUGGAAAGAAGUGUCAGUAGCGGCACUGGGACUUCUCGGGGUGCGUCACUGAAGAAAAGUCGCGUGUUCUGCAAUGCUUGCGAGAAGACGUUUUACGAUAAAGGCACACUAAAAAUCCACUACAAUGCUGUGCAUCUGAAGAUAAAGCACAAAUGUACUAUUGAGGGCUGCAACAUGGUAUUCAGUUCGCUACGAAGCAGAAACCGUCACAGUGCCAACCCUAAUCCACGACUUCAUAUGCCUAUGAACCGCAAUAACAGGGAUAAAGACCUUCGGAGUGAAUUGUCUGCUGAUGAGGUUUCACAUUCUGUGGGUCAUGUCGAAACAGGUUCAAAGGUAUCCAGUGGCUGUUUCUCAAGCAUUAGGCAGAAUAGCAUUCUAUUUCCGAAUUUAAAAACAGUACAGCCUGUCCUUCCAUUCUACCAUAGUCUGGUUACGCCCAGAGAGCUAGCAAACACAUCAGGAUCACCCCCCACUCUCCCUCUUUUGUCAACCUCUGUGCCCGCCACUCCAAUUCCUGAGUUCUACACCACUGAUCCUGUACCAAAGAAAAAGUCUCGAAAGUCGAGCAUGCCAAUAAAGAUAGAGAAAGAAAAAGAGGGCGAAGAUGGUGAACCACUGAAGAUAGGAAGUUGUUUUGAAGUUGACAAUAUAAUUAAUAAGCACCAGGACGAGUGUGACAGUAGUCGAACAGUGAGCAGUAUCUGCGUGAAACAAGCCGUAGUGAAAGAAAACAAAGGUGCACGCAGCACUAACAAGAGAGGGGAAAAGCAGAAUGUCACCCAGAAUAUGGAUGAAGAGACCAUGGGCUGUUCUCGAUCUUCUGAUCUCAAGGCUGUGAAAAAACAUGAUUUUGGUCAGAAGCUCAAUGAAAAAGAAGAAAGACAUCAAUGUGAGGAGUUUGAGCACAUAUGUGAAAAUCAGUUCAUUGGGGAUCAUUUUGGUCCGGUGAGGGUUGGAUUAGAUGGAUUAGUGGAUCAUUUCAUUGAUUCAAGUUUGUCUGAAAUUGAUGACAUCUCACACCACUGUGAAGUCUGUCAUAAGACCUUCAAGAAUCCACCCAACACCAAGUUGCACUAUGAAAACAUUCAGUGCACAGUGGAUGGCUGCAAUGCUACCGUUUCAUCCCGCCGGAGCCGAGACAGGCACAGUGGGAAUUUGAAACUUCACUACAAGCAACUGACCAAAGACACAGUACAAAGCAAGUUUCUAAAAUCCUCAUCCAACUGUGGGUACACAGACCUUGCCUAUUGCCAGGACCCAAAUGUCAGAGAGUCAAAUAUUCAAAGUUUGGUUUUCUCCGGAGGACAAAACUGCAUAGGCCAGGUCUUCCCAAGAAAAGAAAUAAUACAAAUUAAAGUACCAGACAGCUCAAACACAUCUCCCAUAGUAGAGGAUGAAAUGGUCCUGGACCUUAGCACAUCCUCUUGCAGGCCACCAAAAGGAAAGUCUGAGUCGUCCUGUGAAGGAGCCAGAAGUGAUGGAGGAGAAUGCCUUGAAGAAGACAAGGAUCAACUCAUAAUAGAAGAUAGCGAUGAAAGUUGUGAUUAUGUCAAUGUAGGGAAAGAUGAUGAGGAGGACUGUACCACUGGACGGCUGGGGAACCAUUGUACCAUUGGGCGUCAGCAAUUUGGACUUCAGGGAAUAGGAAAUGGGCCACCAAUAACUUGUCAUAUCUGUCAUAAGGUCUACAGCAACAAGGGGACAUUCAGGGCCCAUUACAAGACUGUCCAUCUUCGACUGCUUCAUAAAUGCAAAGUCCCUGGCUGUGACACAUCAUUUUCUUCUGUGCGGAGCAGAAACCGUCAUAGCCAGAACCCAAAUCUCCACAAGAAUCUUGCCAUUAUGUCAGGACUCCCUAUUAAGCAGGAUUAGCUAUAGUAUUUACCUGUAUUUUGGUUGCUGGCCACUACGUGAUGGCAGCAUCGUGAUUAUUGCUUCUUAAAAUUUGGUAUAUAAGCUUGGAGAGACAUUUUGGAAUCUCUUUAAAACAAAAAAAAAGGAAAAGAAAAAAAAAAAUCACAGUUUCUGUGAUUUGCAAUGGUCUGUUGUAUAGUAAGUGUCAAAUAUUAUCAUUCUCUAUGUGAAGUAAUAUCUAGACAACAACUGUGGCCUCAACUUGAUGAUACAAUCAUUCUGCUUUAUUGUUCUGAAAAUUGUUGUUAAAAUGUUUCGUGUAUUGUCUGUUAUGAGGUGUUCUGUUGAAAGUGGUAAUUGUUUUGGGUGUGUGUACUGUGGAUGCAACCAAAGACUUUUUAGAGCGGAGUGUACUGAGAACCUAAUGUGAUUAAAAAGGUUACCACAUUUUCAGUUUAAUACAGCAACCGUUGUUAUUUUAUUUUGUUAUCACUGUUGGAUAAUGGACUUGGCAUUGUAAUGUUCAAAUUUUACUUGACGGACAGAAAGAGAGUGAACACUAAACAAGUAAGCCAUUAUUAGAAUAUGCUAUUUCUAAAAAGAAGAAAGGAUGCAAAUAAUAACAAUAAAAAAAGAUAAUAAUAAUCCAUAAAUGUGGUUUUUUUUUUAACAUUGAAUAUAAAUAUCACAAAAAAUGAAUAUGUUUUGAUAAAAAAAAAAUCUGUUUUUUAAAUGACUGAUAUUUCUGUCAAUUUG